CCCAAAAACUGCGGUCACAUGAUCAAAACAUGUCUGCGCCCAUAAACAGUAAAAAAGGGAGAAAAAAUAUUGUUUUUGGUCUUCUAGAUAAGUCUACACCAACCAUGCAGUAAAUAACUGAUCAAGCCAAUUUGUGAAAUCAUUAGAACUCCAAAAUGCAUCCAGAGGCUGAAGAACUUAAGAAGAAGGGAAAUGACUGUGUCAAGGAACAGAAGUUUGCUGAGGCUGUUUUGCACUACAGUCAUGCCCUCAAGAUGGACCCUAACAAUCACCUUUUGUACAGUAAUCGCUCAUUGGCUUUCUUAAAGAUGGAGCAGCACUAUCAUGCUCUAGAAGAUGCAAAGACUGUCAUCAAAAUGCAGCCAAAAUGGCCAAAGGGUUACUUCAGAAAAGGAGAAGUUGAGGCAGCUGCUGAACAUUAUUGGCACGCUCUGAUGUCGUAUGAAACUGGACUUCUAUAUGACCCUGAAGACGAGGGGUUACAGAAAGCAAAACACAAAGCAGCAGUGGAACUCACAAAAUUGCGGAAAGCUGAGAAAUAUUUACCCAGAAAAGGAAUCGGAACCGGAUUUCUUAUUGGAUCAUGUAUUGUUCUCGCGGAUCAUCUACUCACUAAGCAACCUUCAAUUCAGUACAUUGUCCUAAAAGUUCUGCUGGUGCUGGUAUUUUCUGGGAUAGGCUAUGGUGUCACAUGUGGUUAUAAGUCAAUGAUGGAUUCUCAGAAGAAAUCUCUUUUAGAGCCGCCCCAUGACUUGUUAAAAGACUUUGACAAGGGUCCUAAAGAUGGGAAAGAAUGUAAUGAGCCUGGCAAUGUCCCUCCCAGUAACAAGGAGGAAAGACACCGUCGGAGAAGUGGCCAGGCAGCCGCAAGGCAACGGUUUAAGAAAGGAAAAAGCUGAUCAUAAAGGAAUUGAAACCUUGUUCCUAUACGUGUACUUAUUGCCAUGUUAGCUAUGGCUCAUUUAUUAGAGAACAGCUCAACUCAUCAUUUCAUCCGUUGUCCUUCUCCUUGGAAGGAAUUGGACUUUUUAAUUUUUUAGAAAUUAUCGUGCAUCGCCAAAAUAAAGAGGUGCAUAAUUUGUCAAUUAAGUAUCUACGACAUUACAUCGAAUAUCUGUUUGUUCACAAAGUGAAAUUUACAGGGGAGAGGAUUUUUUCAUGACGCUACCUACUGAUGCAGAAUGUUGUUUAUGCACAAUUCUGUAACAUAUUGUAAAUUGAAAGGUUUGAAAAACUACAUUGUACUUUGUGUAAACUAGCCUGCUAGAACAUCCUCUCCAAAAUUCGCAGGUAGGAUGAAUGAAUUUUUAAUGAUUGUCUACCAGCAGUAUGCAAGAGGAAUUUAGUGGCGCUUACUUUAUCGAUUGGUUUACAAACAAUGAACAAAUGAAACCGACAUGUCACAUAUCGCAAACCAUGUUUAUUUAUUGUAUUCAUAUUACUUGAUACAAGUAAUGAUACAUGUAGAUAUGAAAUAAUAACAUUUGUAUUGUUAACUUCAUUGUCAGCAUUUAUUCUUUGUGGAUAUUCUGUGAGAUGGUCAAUUGGUCAUCCAUAAUGAAUUGAAGUUGCCAGAUGAUGAAUGUCUCGCUCAGGAUAAGAGUCUCAGGAUAAGAGUUGUAUUAAAGCGGCUGAAUUGUCUUGUCCUGGGGGACGCAGUUUCCAAAGAUGAAUUGUCUCGUUCAAGCUUAAGGUGACAAGGCGUCUGAGGAUAAAUUUUCACAUCCCAGGCUACCAGUCAGUUUUGGAAGAUAUCAAUGUUC